AUGGGGUUAGAGAAGUUUACUCCAGAAUAUGCACAGAAACAGUUAGUUUUAUGUUUACAAUAUAGGUCUAUCCCAGGCGUGAAUUGCACAGAAGAUGAUCAGAGCGUGUUCUACAGGAUUAAAGAUCCAUUGAUUUUGAAAGAAUAUAUCAUCAAACUCCUAACCGAUUAUCAAAACAAUCGUACCAUAAUAAUCUACCAGUUUCGUUCUUUGCAAGACUUAUCUGAAUUCUUCCAUUUCUUAUAUAAAAUAAACAAUAGUGUUACAUUUGAACAACUGGUAACAAUUGUUAUUGAUCCGAAAUUUUUGGCUGAAUUCUCGAUCGAGUCGACCAUUAGAUUUCAGCUACUUAGGGUUAUGUGUUUGACCCAUAAUUGCAACAUAGUUUCAAUAUACGAUUUUGAGCGUUACGUUGAUGUUACAACUGCCCCAAAGCUUAGUAAUUUGAAUGCAGUCGUAGUUGUUGCAUCCACGGAAAUGGAUCAACAGGAAGAUUGUCUCAAUAUUGGCACGCGCGUUUUGCUCAGUAUACCACACAAAUGGGACUCUUUCAAGAAUAUUGCUGUUCAUGGUAAAUCUAUCAUGUUCUCGCCACAAGAUGCUGGCUCGGGCUCGGAUGAAGAUGGAAUUAUUCGCUCCGAACAGAUCCUUGUCGAUUUGGCAUCGGAGUAUACUUUGCGAGUUCAGUCUGAGAUAACCACGUCCUGUAUCUGGACGGAGUAUUUGGCGCGCAACAAACCAAUCACUUCAAAGGCAGAGCAGAUCAGAACUGUACCUGAUACAUUUGACGAAUUUAUACAAAAUGUGUUUAAAUGA